GGGAUGCUGGCGGUCUUUCGAGGCGGGGAUUCUAGAUAUCCAGGUGUUGGGACAGAAGUUCGUGUGGUGGCUGCUCCGUUAUCUCCGCGUUGAAUACAUCAGCAUAAACCAGCGUGUGGCUGUCUGGGUUGGCUUGCAUUUAUGAGCGCUUGUUAAAAAAUCCUUGUAUAUUUAUCUGGAACUAAUUUAUUGGAGUGUUACAGUAUAAGAAAAAUGAAAGUUCAGGCUGGGGUCAUCCUGGUCGUUUUGUUCGUCGUUUUCGGGUCUGGAGCCGUAGAAGAGACUGACCAAGAGCAAAAUGCGCUGGAAGAAUUGUUGGUAGAAACCUUGAUGAAACCUGAAUCCUGCAUUGAAACGUCAGAAAUUGGAGACACCCUACAAAUCCACUAUACGGGAAAGCUGCUGGAUGGCAAAGUCAUAGACUCCUCUCUUUCUCGGGAUCCUCUGGUUGUAGAGCUGGGGAAGAGGACCGUUAUUCCAGGGCUGGAGCAAAGCUUGCUGGGAGUAUGUCUAGGGCAAAAAAUCAAGGCCACCAUCCCAUCUCACCUCGGUUACGGAAAGCGCGGCUACCCUCCGACCAUCCCAGGUGACUCCGCGCUGGAGUUCGAGGUGGAGGUGGUGUCCCUCACCAAGCAGACGCCCUGGCAGAAGCUGGUGAACGACGUCUUGCCCCUGGUUUGCCUGGCCCUGGUGCCCACCCUGUUGGGUCUGGUGGGGCUCUACCUCUACAACAAGGCCAGCGCCCAGCGGUCCAACAAACGAGCAAAGGACAAGAAGAGCAAGUUAAAGAAGAAAUAAAAUAUAGAUUUUUAAAAAACAA